CAGAUCGGCCUGACCGCUGCUCUACUCCACCGAGAGCCCACCUUGGCCAGCUCACCCCAGCUCUGAGACACCCUAACACAGCCCUUAAGGACCUGCCCAGUGGUGGCUGUAGCUCCUGAGAUCACUCGAACCGGCUGAUGGGGAAGUCGGAGAGCCCAGUGGGGAUGGUGGAGAGAGCAGACCGGUCUGGGAAGAAGAGGCGCUCAGGUUUCCUGGAGGGGGGGCUACUGCUGCUACUGCUGCUGCUGCUGGGAACCCUAGUGGCCCUGGGUGUCCUCUACAGCAGAGCCAUCAGAGAGCCAUCACAGCAGAAUGACGUCGUCUGCGUCACCCCAGGCUGUGUGAUUGCAGCUGCCAGAAUCCUCCAGAACAUGGACAACUCACAGGAGCCCUGUGACAACUUCUACCAGUAUGCCUGCGGAGGCUGGCUGCGGCGUCACGUGAUUCCCGAGACCAACUCCCGAUACAGCGUCUUUGACAUUCUCCGGGACGAGCUGGAGGUGAUCCUUAAAGGGGUGCUGGAGGACUCCUCUCUCAAGGACCGGCCGGCUGUGGAGAAGGCCAAGACACUGUACCGCUCCUGCAUGAACGAAAGUGUGAUAGAGAAGAGAGACUCUCAGCCUCUGCUGGACAUCUUAGAUGUGGUAGGAGGCUGGCCUGUGGCCAUGGACAAGUGGAGUGAGAUGGUGGGCCCCAAGUGGGAGCUGGAACGGCAGCUGGCUGUGCUGAACUCACAGUUCAACAGGCGCGUCCUCAUUGACCUCUUCAUCUGGAAUGACGACCAGAACUCCAGCCGGCAUGUUAUCUAUAUAGAUCAGCCCACCUUGGGCAUGCCAUCCCGGGAGUACUAUUUCAACGAAGGCAAUAGUCACAAGAGUGCUCCAUGGUGGCCAAGGUGGCCAAAGCCGCCCAGCUCCAUCCAUCGUCCUUUGGCCCAGGUGCGGGAAGCCUACCUGCAGUUCAUGGUAUCAGUGGCCACCAUGCUGAGGAAAGAUAUGAACCUGCCCAAUGACAACUCUCUGGUGGAGAAGGAAAUGGCGCAGGUGCUGGCGCUGGAGGCACAUCUGGCCAAUGCCACAGUCCCCCAGGAGGAAAGGCAUGAUGUCACCACCCUGUACCACAGGAUGGACCUGGUGGAGCUGCAGGACAGGUUUGGUCUGAAGGGGUUUAACUGGACCCUCUUCAUACAAAGUGUGCUGUCCUCUGUCCAAAUCGAACUGUUACCGGAUGAGGAGGUGGUGGUCUACGGUAUCCCCUACCUGCAGAACCUUGAGUCCAUCAUUGACAUCUACUCAGCACGGACCAUGCAGAACUACUUGAUCUGGCGCCUGGUGCUGGAUCGCAUCAGCAGCCUGAGCCAGAGAUUCAAAGAAGCGAGAGUGAGCUACCUCAAGGCGCUGUAUGGCACAACCGUGGAGGAGGUGCGCUGGCGGGAGUGUGUCAGCUAUGUUAACAGUAACAUGGAGAGCGCCGUGGGCUCCCUCUACAUCAAGGAGGCCUUCUCCAAGGACAGCAAGGACAUGGUCAAAGAGCUGAUUGACAAGGUAAGAUCCGUGUUUGUGGAUACCCUGGAUGAGCUGAACUGGAUGGACGAGGAAUCUAAGAGGAAGGCUCAGGAAAAGGCCAUGAACAUCCGGGAACAGAUCGGCUACCCUGACUAUAUCUUGGAAGAAAGCAAUAGGCACCUGGAUGAGGAAUACUCCAACCUGAUAUUCUCAGAGGACCUGUAUUUCGAGAAUGGGCUUCAGAACCUCAAGGCCAGUGCCCAGCAGAGCCUCAAGAAGCUUCGGGAAAAAGUGGACCACAACCUCUGGAUCAUCGGGGCUGCAGUGGUCAAUGCCUUCUACUCCCCAAACAGAAACCAGAUUGUGUUUCCUGCCGGUAUUCUCCAGCCACCCUUCUUCAGCAAGGACCAACCACAGGCCUUGAACUUCGGGGGCAUCGGGAUGGUGAUCGGGCAUGAGAUUACACACGGCUUUGACGACAAUGGUCGGAACUUCGACAAGAAUGGCAACAUGCUGGAUUGGUGGAGUAACUUCUCAGCCCAGCACUUCCGCAAACAGUCGGAGUGCAUGGUCUAUCAGUACAGCAACUUUUCCUGGGAACUGGCUGGCAACCAGAACGUGAACGGAUUCAGCACCCUCGGGGAGAACAUCGCUGACAAUGGUGGGGUACGACAGGCAUACAAGGCUUACCUACAGUGGUUGUCUGAAGGUGGCAAGGAUCAGAAACUGCCGGGAUUGAACCUGACCUAUGCCCAGCUUUUCUUUGUCAACUAUGCCCAGGUGUGGUGCGGGUCCUACAGGCCUGAGUUUGCCAUCCAAUCCAUCAAGACGGAUGUCCACAGUCCUCUUAAGUACAGGGUACUGGGCUCACUACAGAACCUGGCCGCCUUCUCUGAGGCAUUCCACUGCCCACGAGGCAGCCCCAUGCACCCCAGGAAGCGGUGUCGCAUCUGGUAGCCAAGGCUGAGCUACGCUCCAGCCCACGCCCACCCGCCACCUAAAGGCUUCGUGAAAGGUGCAGCUGGAUGUGCAAGUCCUUGUCUGAAGGCCACUGGAGCCUCCAGCCAGCCCUCCGCACCGGCCUAGAGUGCAGCCGCCCGCCCACACCUGGGAUGAGGGAUGCCUGGUCCUGCGCCCCUUCAAGCCAGUGAGGGUCAUCAGUCCUGUAGGAGCUGUCCACUGUCUUCCGCCCUCUCCAUAAUGCGUGGCUAAAUGUCCUCAAGCUUCAGACUUGAGCUAAGUAAAUGCUUCAAAGACUUUGCG